AUGAAACAGUAUAUACAACCUGGUGUUGAUAUACAUCUUAUUUUAACAUCGGCAAAAGAAAUCAAAUUGACACCUGUUCGAGAUGCAUUUAUCAAUGUUUUUGGUCGAGUAACUGUGCAAGGCAUUGGUGUUCAAUCUAAUGUUGCGCCUCAACCUGUUGGAUUUGAAGCGGGUUUUAAAGGAGCAGGACAAAGAAUUGAAACUCUUCGUCGACAAAACGUCGUUCGUCA